AUGCAUAUACCAUCUCCAUCAUGGAGCCGCUUGCUCAUCCCUGCUAUCUUCCUAUCGCCUUGGGCCUCAGCAGUUCCAUGCUCCUCAUGCAAAGCAACUCCAUCCACACUUCAGAAUUCGACAAUUCUUCCCUACUUGGACCCUUCUCUCUGCAUUCAGGACCGCCUCGAUGAUCUACUCUCUCGCAUGACUCUCGAAGAAAAGGCAGGUCAACUCUUCAUCAAGCAAAUUCCUGCUGGCGUGAACGGCACAAUCGACAAUACGACUUUCGUCCUCGACGGCACCAGAAACCUCACCACCGCACCCCUAAUAACCGAAAAAUUGCUCUCGCACUUCAACGUCAACAACGCAAGAUCUGCAAAGCAGAUGGCAGAAUGGCAUAAUGCAAUUCAAGAACUUGCGCUGCAGACGCGACUCAAGAUUCCCGUUACCAUUGCUAGCGAUCCUAGACACGCGUUUGCAGAUACAGUGGGCAGCUCCAUCGCUAGUGGACAAUUCUCAAAGUUUCCCGAAAGUUUAGGGAUUGCAGCGUUGAGGGACCCAGCACUUGCAGAACUCUAUGCUGCCAUUGUGAGAGAGGAGUAUCUGGCUGUGGGUAUCAGAUCUGCCCUUCAACCUCAGAUUGACCUCGUGACCGAGCCACGCAUGGCUAGAAGCGGACAAACCUUUGGCGAAGACGCAAACUUGACUGCAUCUAUGGUAGUCGCACUGAUCAAAGGCUUUCAAGGCCCUGAGUUGGGCCUGACCUCGGUCACAACAGUCACAAAACACUUCCCUGGCGCUGGACCAGCUAGAAAUGGCAAUGACUCGCACUUCGCUACUGGAAAAGACAACACUUACUUCGGCGACUUCCUCGAUUACCAUUUAAUACCCUUCAAAGCAGCUAUUGCGGCUGGAGGGCGCCAGAUCAUGCCGUCCUAUGCUCGUCCAAUUGGUACGAAAUACCCAGAAGUCGCCUUUGGAUUCAACAAACCCGUCAUCACCGGUCUGCUCCGUGAAGAACUUGGCUUCGAUGGCAUUGUCGUCAGCGACUGGGGUCUAAUCACUGACGCAGAAAUCAUGGGCGUAGUAGAACCAGCACGCGCCUGGGGCGUCGAAAACACCACCGAGCUCGAACGCGCAAAAAUGGUUCUCGAUGCCGGGGUCGACCAAUUCGGCGGCGAGAUACGUACGGAAUUGCUCGUUCGACUUGUCAACGAAGGUCAGAUUCCUGAGUCGCGUCUUGAUGUCUCUGUCCGCAAACUGCUGGAAGAGAAAUUCAUGCUCGGUCUUUUCGACAACAGGUUUGUAAAUCCAGAGGCUGCGGAGAGAGUUGUUGGUAACCCUUACUUUGCUCGUAUUGGCAAUGAGACACAGAGACGUGCAUACACGCUCUUGACGAAUCAGGCGGAUAUCCUUCCUCUGCGUCCAAAGGACGGCGUAAAGUUCUACGCUCAAGGUUUUAAUGCCUCGUACCUUGAAGCCCGCAACUUGACUGUUGUGGAUUCACCCUCCGAAGCAGAUUUCUGCUUCUUGCGACUCAGUACUCCCUGGGAGGCUAGAGGCUCUCCUUUCCGCCAGCGAUACCAUGAGGGACGUCUUGACUUUAACGAGACAGAGAAGGCUGCUCACUCCGCUCUAUUCAAGGCCUGUCCAACCAUCGUCGAUAUCCUUCUCGAUCGCCCAGCUGUGAUACCCGAGAUUGCUGAAGAGGCUGCUGCAUUGUUUGGAAACUAUGGUGCUAGUGUUGAUGCGUUCUUGGAUGUCGUGUUUAACAAGGAUGGUUGGAAGCCAGAGGGUAAAUUGCCGUUUGACAUGCCCAGAAGCAUGAGGGCCGUAGAGGCACAGGUUGCUGACGUGCCUUUCGAUACCGAGGAUCCUUUGUUUGAGUUUGGGCAUGGAUUGAGCUAUAACAGAGCUGAUUCGUGUGGCUGGAAGGGUUGA